AUGCAGGAUCUUAGCCAUGAUGAGAAAAUUGCCCCCGAGGCACUGAUCUCAAAGUUCGAGGUCGGCAAGUUACUGAGACAAGAUCAGACUGGUCGCCGUAUUGCUAUGCUAGGAUCAAUCGAUGGGAAACAGGGUAUCCUCAUCGCCGAACGAGCUGCUUUCGCAACAGAAUCCCUUGAGGUUCUGAGGGCAUUCCGUGCAGCAAUUACUCGAGUGAACAAUCUGGGUGACAAUGACAUUUACCGGUGGUACCUGGCAUCGUCUGGGGUAGACGAGAGAGGAGAACAAUCGGCUGACCUCAAACUGAACCUCAUUUGGCCGUGCACUGAGCAACACAUCAAGAAAUAUUCCGAUCAAGUAGUCCGGAUGGUCACCGAAACACCGCAGAUUUACCGUGACUACAUUCGGCCAUACAUGAGUGCCAAAAGGGAGGAAGGUAGACUGAACUGGGUGUUCAAUAUUCUUGAAGGCCGCACUGAACAAGAAGACGUGAUUCUCCGAGAUGCGGGACAUGGGCCAGAGGAUGGAUUCUUGAUGCUUCCUGAUCUCAACUGGGAUCGAAAGACUAUGGGGUCGCUGCAUCUGUUGGCCCUUGUCGAGCGCCGCGAUAUUUGGAGUCUCCGUGAUUUGAAGAAGAGACAUAUCCCCUGGUUGCGUUAUCUUCGACAACGGCUACUUGAGGGAACAGUGAAAAUGUACCCGGACCUAGAGCAAGACCAGCUUAAACUUUACGUGCAUUACCAGCCAACCUAUUAUCAUUUCCAUAUUCACAUUGUCAACGUGAUGCUCGAGGCGGGCGCCACACAGGCUACAGGGAAAGCGUUUGGCUUGGAGAAUCUCAUCUCUCAGCUGGAGACCAUCGACGGAGAUGAUGACGCGAGCAUGGCAGAUGUCAGUCUUACCUACUUCCUGGGUGAGGCCAAUGAGUUAUGGACCAACAUUUACGGGCCCUUGAAGCAAGGAACUAAACCAGCUCUUGAGAAAUAA